GCUAGUUCUAAUACCGAACCAAUUCUCGCGAGAUCGGACGAGGGGAUAAGUUAAGGAAACAUGGCGACGAUGUCUCAUUUGUUAAAGAACAAGGGUUCCCUCCAGUUUGAGGACAAGUGGGAUCUUAUGCGCCCCAUUGUCCUCAAGUUGCUUCGCCAAGAGUCUGUAACUAAGCAGCAGUGGUUCGAUCUUUUCUCAGAUGUUCAUGCAGUUUGUCUAUGGGAUGACAAAGGACCUGCAAAGAUCCACCAGGCCCUCAAGGAGGACAUCUUAGAUUUUAUUAAGCAAGCUCAAGCGAGAGUGCUCAGUCACCAAGAUGACACUGCGCUCCUCAAGGCUUACAUCGUGGAGUGGAGGAAGUUCUUCACGCAGUGUGACAUUCUGCCCAAACCGUUCUGCCAGCUGGAGAUCACCCUGAUGGGCAAACAGGGCAGCAACAAAAAGUCCAAUGUGGAAGACAGCAUUGUUAGGAAGUUGAUGCUGGACACUUGGAACGAAUCUAUAUUCUCCAACAUCAAGAAUAGAUUGCAGGAUAGUGCAAUGAAGUUGGUCCAUGCCGAGCGGCUGGGAGAGGCGUUUGACUCGCAGUUGGUCAUCGGGGUCAGAGAGUCGUAUGUGAACCUGUGCUCCAAUCCUGAUGAUAAACUGCAGAUCUACAGGGAUAACUUUGAGAAAGCCUACCUAGACUCCACUGAGAGGUUCUACAGGACCCAGGCACCGUCCUACCUGCAGCAGAAUGGAGUACAAAACUACAUGAAAUAUGCUGACGCUAAGUUAAGGGAAGAGGAGAAACGUGCACUACGAUAUUUAGAGACACGACGUGAAUGUAACUCUGUACAAGCACUUAUGGAAUGUUGUGUGAAUGCGCUUGUAACGUCAUUUAAAGAAACUAUCUUGGCUGAAUGUCCAGGCAUGAUCAAACGGAAUGAGACUGACAAGCUGCACCUCAUGUUCUCUCUCAUGGAUAAAGUUCCUAAUGGGAUUGAACCCAUGCUGAAAGACCUUGAGGAUCACAUCAUCAGUGCUGGGCUGGCAGACAUGGUGGCCGCUGCCGAGACCAUCACAACAGACUCUGAGAAGUAUGUGGAGCAGCUCCUGACUCUGUUCAAUCGCUUUAGUAAAUUAGUAAAGGAAGCUUUUCAGGAUGAUCCUCGGUUCCUGACAGCCAGAGACAAAGCAUACAAAGCAGUUGUAAAUGAUGCCACAAUAUUUAAGUUGGAGCUGCCAUUAAAACAGAAGGGAGUGGGCCUCAAAACACAACCAGAGUCAAAGUGUCCGGAGCUGCUUGCCAACUAUUGUGACAUGCUGCUAAGAAAGACACCCCUCAGCAAAAAGCUGACCUCAGAGGAGAUUGAGCUCAAACUGAAGGAAGUGCUGCUUGUGCUAAAAUACGUCCAGAAUAAGGAUGUGUUCAUGAGAUACCACAAAGCCCACCUGACCAGGCGUCUGAUCCUGGACAUCUCAGCGGACAGUGAGAUCGAGGAGAACAUGGUCGAGUGGCUCAGGGAAGUUGGGAUGCCUGCUGACUAUGUGAACAAGCUAGCUAGAAUGUUCCAAGACAUCAAAGUGUCCGAAGAUCUUAACCAGGUUUUCAAGGAGGUGCACAAACACAACAAGCUGGCUUUACCAGCGGACUCUGUUAACAUAAAGAUCUUGAAUGCUGGAGCUUGGUCACGCAGCUCAGAGAAAGUGUUUGUGUCUCUGCCCACCGAGCUGGAAGAUCUCAUCCCUGAGGUGGAGGACUUCUACAAGAAGAACCACAGCGGCCGCAAACUCCACUGGCACCACCUCAUGUCUAAUGGCAUUAUCACUUUCAAGAAUGAAGUAGGGCAAUACGACCUGGAGGUCACGACCUUCCAAUUGGCUGUACUUUUUGCCUGGAACCAAAGACCACGCGAGAAGAUCAGCUUUGAGAAUCUGAAACUUGCCACUGAGCUGCCUGACGCCGAACUGAGACGAACUCUCUGGUCUCUUGUUGCCUUCCCAAAGCUCAAACGUCAAGUGCUGUCAUACGAACCGCCAGUGAGCUCUCCCAAAGACUUCACGGACAGCACAUUGUUUUUCGUUAACCAGGAAUUCUCCUUGAUAAAAAAUUCCAAGGUUCAAAAGAGGGGGAAGAUAAACCUAAUCGGCCGAUUGCAACUGACGACGGAGCGAAUGAGAGAAGAGGAGAACGAAGGCAUCGUCCAGCUUAGAAUAUUACGAACACAGGAGGCCAUCAUUCAGAUCAUGAAGAUGCGUAAGAAGAUCACAAACGCUCAGCUGCAGACCGAGCUGGUGGAGAUCCUCAAGAACAUGUUCCUCCCUCAGAAGAAAAUGAUCAAGGAACAGAUCGAGUGGCUCAUUGAGCACAAGUACAUCAAGAGAGACGAGACGGACAUUAACACCUUCAUCUACAUGGCGUAGCGCGGAAACGACUCUGAAGAUGAUCUGUAACCGUUCCCAAGGACGACGUACCUGUCGAGGAUCAGCAGCGGGGGGAGGGAUGGUGAUGUCUCAAAGAUGCUGCUGUUCUGGUGGCCUAGUCAUGAGCUUGUUUUUACGACAGACAGUCACACAUCAGAUAAAAAAUGUAUUUAAAAAAAAAAAAUCCCUGCCUUACCUUACAGCGAAGACACAUGGGGAUCAGAAUAGGAGAUUAAAAAAAUAGGAAAAAAGACAAAGGAUUCUAUUUUUGCCAUUGGUAGUCAGUAUGCAUGGUGGGCGUUUGGCCUUUUGUAUGUGUACAUCUCCAGCAGCAUGCGGUCAGUGUGAAUGUCACAUUCAUCCGAGGACUUGCUUGUGUGUGCCGUGUUACGAGUGUGUUUUUUUUUUUUUUCCUUCCCACAUCCUCCGUCUGGACCCUGCCAUGUCCCAUC